AUGGCGAACGGGCUUGCUUUGGUGGGGAGCGUCAAUCAGGGGGGGAACGACGGCGCCGCUGUGGGGCUGCCGCCGGGGUUCCGCUUCCAGCCGACGGACGAAGAGCUUGUGCUGCAGUACCUUCGCCGGAAGGUUUUCAACCACCCCAUGCCUGUCUCCGUCAUAGCCGAGGCCGAUGUCUGCCGCGUCGAUCCAUGGAAUCUGCCAGGCGAUGCUGAGGAAGAAAGAUACUUCUUCAGCCAGAAGCGGGUCAAGUAUCAGAACGGGAGCCGGUCGAACCGGGCGACCGUGUCCGGGUACUGGAAGGCGACCGGGGUGGACGGGCGGAUCUACUACCAGGGGCGGGUGCUGGUAGGGAUGAAGAAGACGCUGGUCUUCUACCGGGGGAAGGCGCCGGCAGGGGAGAGGACUGACUGGAGAAUGCACGAGUACAGCCUCGUUAUCCCUGCCCACAUUAUUGCUGCACAGGCGAGGAACUGGGUGCUAUGCAGGAUUUUUCUGAAGCGCAAUGGGAACCGACAGAGCGAGAGAAAGGAAGAUGAAGAAGAAGAAGUUGUUGCAGAAGCAAGAUUUACAAGAAAUAUUGCCUGA